AUGUUGUUGAAUGAAAAUCGAAUCGUUUGGCCACCUUGUCGAGCGAGUCGAGCGAACGCAUGCGCAAUAACCCGUUUUUACGCGGGAAUUAUUUUUGCAGCGAGGAGACAAGACAGACAUUUUAAUUAUGUAAAAGUUUGGAUCGCUGGUGAAAAUUUAAAGGCCAUGAACAAAACGAAGCAAGCAAGAAUGCAACACGGCGAAUAUAAAAUUACUGAAUUCUCUGAAUCGGAUUCAUCUUUGGGAAAUGAUGAAGAUUAUGGCAGCGAUUGCGAUGAGUCACGGUCUAGGUCUACCAGCCCUACUCGCGGUGAGGAUGAUAGCGAUAAAGUGAUAACAAGACUGGAGCAGCAGCUUGCAAAAGCAAAAGUUAAGAAAUUUGUUAGGCAAGCAAAAGUUAUGCAAGAGACAGCUUCCUCUGAUAAUUCAAUUGGCAUCAGUGAUAAGCACCCAAACCCCCAAAAAAGAACUAAACAAGAUCAGAAGGUAUGCAGAAGUGCAGAUGGGAAUUUAGCUAUGAAAAGAAAAAGGAAACAUCCCAGUGCAACUUGGACUGUUGACAAGGUCAACCACCUCAUUGAUUUAGUGGAGGAAAGAACUUGUCUUUGGGAUAUAUUUAGCCAGACAUACCAUGACAGGGAGAAAAAACAAAUUGCUUAUAAUGAAAUUGGAGAUGAACUUGACAUAUCAAUUGAAGAAGUCAAGACAAAAGUGAUGAAUCUGAGAACCCAGCUAGGAAGGGAAUUAGCAAAAGUCAGAGAAAAAAAGUCUGGUCAAAGCACAUCAGAUCUUUACAAGCCAACCUGGACUUACUGGGAAAGAUUACAGUUCCUAUGCCCAGUGAUGAACCCUGGAAAAAGCAAAGACAACCUCUCCCUUAGCCCAACUUCAGAUGAUGGAAAGGAGGACAUGAAAGGCUUUGAAACAGAGAAACAGCCCCCAGCAAAUAAUGGCAAGCAUCCUAAGUCUACUGCAAGAAAAGGAAUCAUGGAGCAAAAGCAAGAACUGAUGGUCAAAUACAAUCAAACAUUCUCUGCUUAUUGGAAAUCCUUGUUUGUGCCAAUUACUGCUCCCAGUUGA